AUAACAUGAUGCACAUCGCCAUGCUCUCUACUGCAUGCCUCAUUUUUAUGGGCUGCAUCAAAGUGGCCGGUUCUACGAUGCUCAACUCCAACGCUAUUAAAGUCGGUUCAGGUGCGGCGGGUGCCAGUCAUCCGGUUAGCCCGAGUCCGGACGUGUCACUUUUGGACAGUCUGAACUUCGCCCUCGAUACACCGCAGCAGCCUUUAAUCUGUGAGAGUGAUGAGGAAUGCGGUGGAGAGGAGUUUUGCUUCCAGUCUCGCGGUGUCUGUCUCCAGUGCAAGAAGCGCAGGAAGCGCUGCAUCCGGGAUGCGAUGUGCUGCCCUGGCAACCACUGCAGCAAUGGUGUUUGCAUUCCAAAUGACCCUGACAUGAUUCAGCAGCUUGGCAUGGAAGAGUUCGUGUCCAUCGCCCAUGAAAACUCUACUGCUCUAAUGCCGAAAGUUUCGACUCAAGGAUCACCACAAAACCAGAUGCUGAAAGGUCUGGAGGGAGAGAACUGUCUGAGAUCAUCAGAUUGUGCAGAGGGACUUUGCUGCGCUCGUCACUUUUGGUCCAAAAUCUGCAAGCCUGUCCUAAAAGAGGGCCAGGUCUGCACCAAGCACAAGAGGAAAGGCACUCAUGGCUUGGAGAUAUUCCAGCGCUGCGACUGCGGGGAAGGCCUGUCCUGCAGAACGCAGCGAGGAGACGGCGGCAAGGCUUCACGGAGUCUGCACACAUGCCAGAGACACUAAAUGAAAAUUCAAGGAAUUUUCUUUCACCAGCUCCCAGAGAAGCAGACUUGAGUCGAGGGAAGCAGGACUUGGAAUGGGAUACUCUGUUUUUCAACUGGUUUCCUUCAUAU